GACACUGGCGGAUUUAUUUCCAAUCAGUAUGUCAAUAGAUUGAAAGCAGAAAUUCUCAAAAACGAAUGUCUCGAAAACGUCACUGAAGCUCCCGAACACCAUACACUCAACAUACUGUCACUUAAUGCGAUGGUCCAACAAGGAGUCAAAAAUGAAAACGACUGGAAGGAAGCGCGACUGUUACACCGUGAUCUGGGCAUGAACUACGUCGACAUCGUUGUCAUGGUUUACCCAAUUGCCAAAAGCAGUGACACAAAAAAGGUGAACUUCACAGCUCAGAUGCGAUUUCGAAACAGCUCGAGGGUAGGAUUUGAACCGGUGGGGGCUCCAUUCAUUCACAAGCCAAAUCACAGAUGUCAUACACAUCGAGUGGACAAGUACUGUGAAAUGUGUUACUACAACCGACUAGUGACUCCGUAA